GGCCCACUGGGAAGCGGCCUCCGUCCAUUUCCGUGCCCGUCCCCCUCCGAAACUACAGCUCCCAGCGUGCCCUGCGCCGUCCCCAUGGCGACGGGGAGCCAGGCCCGGGCCCGGGCCCUGAAGAGCAGCGAUGCCCAAGGCCAGUGAUACUUUAUGGGACCUUGCUAUAGCUGAAGUGGAGAAGAGAGAAAAGCCUGACGACGAUGGCAAGCGUGUGGAAGUUUGGGAAAAAUCAGUAUUAUUUAUGGGAAACAAAAAUGGGGGAAAGACCACUAUUAUACUGAGGUGUCUUGAGAGGGAAGAGAUUCCAAAGCCAACGUUAGCCUUGGAAUAUACUUUUGGAAGAAGGGCAAGAAGACACAAUACACCUAAAGAUAUAGCUCAUUUUUGGGAACUAGGUGGUGGAACCUCAUUACUGGAACUGAUUCGAAUACCAAUCACUAGCAACAACAUAAGGUCAUUUGCUGUAGUCCUUGUAUUGGAUUUGUCCAAACCUAACGAACUCUGGACUACUAUGGAGAAACUUCUGCAGGUCACCAGGAACCACGUGAACAAAAUUUUAACCAAACUAGAAAAGACAAAUCCCGAAGUAGCUACUGAAAUUAAACAGAGGAUGCGGAACAAUCUGCAGAGGGAUCAUCCAGAUUAUGAGUUAGUUGACCCUUUUCCAAUACCCUUGGUGAUAAUUGGAAGCAAGUAUGAUAUUUUUCAUGAGUUUGACUCUGAAAUGAGGAAAAUUAUAAGCAAGACACUUCGAUUUGUUUCACAUUAUUAUGGAGCAUCAUUAGUGUUUACCAGUAAAUCUGAGGCUCUCCUCCUGAAAGCCCGUGCUCUUAUUAAUCACCUGGCAUUUGGCUACGAUAAAAGCAAGUCUGUAUCAGUGGAUCACAGCAAACCUCUGUUUAUACCAGCAGGCCUGGAUUCGCUCAGCCAAAUAGGACCACCACCUGCCUCUGAUAGUGACAUUGGAAAGAUGCAUGCAAACACACCGUUGGAACUGUGGAAGAAAGUAUUUGAGAAAACAUUUCCUCCCAAGAGUUUUUGUGAUUUACACGAUACCAAGGACCCUGCACAGGAUUUACAAUACGCUGAGUACGAAGUCGAUGUCAUGAGAGCUCAGAAAAACCAGGAACUUGAACAAUACAAAAGAAAUGCCUCUAAAUCCUGGAAAGAAAUGGAUUUUGACUGAUUGAUGAAAUGCUAUAGGUGUCUUCAGGUUAACACAAAAUUAUUUAAUCAUUUUAACAUGGUACUAGCAAUUUAAUCUGAUGCAGUUGAAGAUAUACAAUAUCAAACUACAAAAUUAAUAUUUAUUAAGCAUUCCUGUUACUAUUUUUAAUAAAAAUGGCUGUUUAUUCAUUCAAUCCAAAUUUCAGUGUAUCUUGGUACUGACACAGAGUUUUAAGAAGUGGGGAGAAAGGAGUUCUAGAUUAUUCAGAGAUGGGUCUGACUGCGAAGACUGGCAUUAGUCAGUUCUACCUAUAAGUUAUAACACAUUAUUUCAUUAAUUUUUGAAUGCUUCUGUCCUAAACAUGUAUUUAUUUCCCACCCAAAACAUGAAACUGCAUAGUAAAUUAUGCUAGGCAUCUUUUCCUAGUUCCUUCCAUGUAUAAUUCAAGAGCAAAGCUUAAGAAUAUAUUUGCAUCAUUGUUCGAUGUAUUUGAAUAGGAUAGUUCCACAAAAACUGGCAGAAUAAAGUGGAAUUAAAACCAGGUUUGACGUGAUCUAAAAUUCAGAAGUUUUCUUUAUCUCUGUUUCAGUAUCAUACAGAUUAACACAGGAAUUAUUUCUUGCAAUGUAUAAUGUUGUAAUAACUUUGCACACGAUUCAGAAGGCAACAUUUCUGUCAAAUAUGCAAAUGCUAGGAAGUCAGUCUAGGCAAUUUGUCAGAUAUUUGGUUAGUGGUGGAAGUAUCAUUGAUUCACGUACAGCCUAAGCUGGUGAAAUGCUACCGUAAACCAGAUACAGCUUUUUGUCCAUGGGCAUCCUCGCUGUUACCAGAUGGCCUGAGUGUUUUGAGAAUACGCAAGAGAAGAUCUAGAUUAAAGCCAGAGGUAUCUCUUGAGAGCUAAGACUUGUUGUUAGAGAAUAAAUGGCUGAACAGUCACUUGGCAGAUGAGAUCGUAAGAACGUUCCCUGACAAACAACCCUACGUGCGCAUAAAAAUGGGAAAAACAAACUAAUGUGGUAUCUUUCCAGCUCUUUAAAGUUAUAUGCUAUUUUUUAACAUAUUUGUUCAUCACAUAUUUUUCUGAUAUAACAUUUGUAUCUUAGAAUAUUAUACAUAAAGAUAUUAGAAAAAAAUCUGGCCUUACACUGAAGUGGAGAACUUGCAUUAACUGGAGGAUUUGACAUUUUAUUAACAACAAAAAAAUUGUUCUGGUAAUUCACAAACUGUUUCCAAAACAAUAAUGAAACAACUCAAUAAUGAAAAGAAGGAAUGGAUAUAAAUAACAUAAUUGUCUUCUGUGAUUUACCGUCGUUUACAAGACAAAAAGAUGUUAGGUAAUUUUUAUAUUGCUUAAAGAUCCUGUACUCGUUGGUUGUAAAGUAUGCAUAAGAUUAAAAUGGAGUGAUUUCUUGAUUUUGUCUUUAUUUACACAUAAUUGAUAUGUUGUGUUUCUACAAAUCCCAAAAAUGGUAUCAAAAGAAAGCAUAGGAGUUAAAAAUACGAAAUUUACUAGCUGUUAUACCUCUCUGCUUAUUGGUUACAGUUAAAAAACAAAACAGUGUGAAAA